UAUUCUGUCAAAAGGACAAACUGCAAGAAACUCCAACAGCCGGACUUCGUUAACGGAAAUGGCCACGAUCAAGGCUGUUAAAGCUCGUCAGAUCUUCGAUAGCCGUGGUAAUCCGACGGUUGAAGUUGAUGUUACACUUUCUGAUGGAACCUUGGCCAGAGCUGCAGUACCUAGCGGUGCUUCAACAGGUAUAUAUGAAGCUCUAGAGUUGAGAGAUGGAGGUUCCAGCUAUCUUGGUAAAGGUGUCUCCAAGGCUGUGGAUAAUGUUAACUCAAUUAUUGGACCAGCCCUGAUUGGCAAGAAUCCCACAGAGCAGACCAAAAUUGACAACUUCAUGGUUCAAGAGCUUGAUGGGACUGUAAAUGAGUGGGGUUGGUGCAAACAAAAGCUUGGUGCAAAUGCUAUCUUGGCGGUGUCACUCGCUGUAUGUAAAGCCGGGGCAUAUGUGAAGAAAAUUCCUCUAUAUACGCAUAUUGCAAACCUUGCUGGAAACAAGACAUUGGUGCUGCCGGUGCCAGCAUUCAAUGUGAUCAAUGGAGGUUCACAUGCAGGCAACAAACUUGCCAUGCAAGAAUUUAUGAUUCUCCCUGUUGGAGCUUCUUCUUUCAAGGAAGCGAUGAAGAUGGGUGUUGAAGUAUAUCAUAACUUGAAGUCGGUAAUUAAAAAGAAAUAUGGUCAAGAUGCCACAAACGUUGGUGAUGAAGGUGGCUUUGCUCCUAACAUCCAGGAAAAUAAAGAAGGUCUCGAGCUCUUAAAGACUGCAAUAGCAAAAGCUGGAUACACGGGGAAGGUUGUUAUUGGAAUGGAUGUGGCUGCAUCUGAAUUCUAUGAUAACAAAGACAAAACCUAUGAUUUGAAUUUCAAGGAAGAGAACAAUGAUGGGUCAGAGAAGAUAUCAGGUGACAGUUUGAAGAAUGUUUACAAGUCAUUUGUUAGUGACUACCCAAUUGUAUCCAUAGAGGACCCUUUCGAUCAGGAUGAUUGGGAGCAUUAUGCAAAGAUGACAGCAGAAAUUGGUGAGCAGGUGCAAAUUGUUGGUGAUGAUCUCCUUGUUACAAAUCCUAAGCGUGUUGAGAAAGCAAUCAAGGAGAAGACUUGCAAUGCCCUUCUUCUGAAGGUGAACCAAAUCGGGUCUGUUACAGAAAGCAUCGAAGCUGUUAAGAUGUCAAAACGUGCUGGGUGGGGAGUGAUGGCUAGCCACAGAAGUGGUGAAACUGAGGACACCUUCAUUGCCGAUCUUUCUGUUGGAUUGGCGACGGGUCAGAUAAAGACCGGAGCUCCUUGUCGAUCAGAACGGCUUGCGAAGUACAACCAGCUUCUUAGGAUUGAAGAAGAAUUGGGAUCAGCAGCAAUUUAUGCAGGAGCCAACUUCCGUGCACCAGUUGAGCCUUAUUAGAUUGAGGAUUCCUCCAGCAAUAAUGAUGUCAUUUAUAAGCAUAUUUAAGUUUGUGUAUGAGAAGCAGGCAAGUAAGGAGAUUUUGGGAAGAUGAUGCUAUUUUGGAUCAUGUAUGCUGCUGCUAUGUGUUUUAAUUUUGUCAUUUCGUUUCUUACGAUAUGGAAAGAUGAACAAUAACUUUUUAACUCUCCAUCUAUUUCUCAUCUA